GAGACAUAAUGUCACCGCAAGGUAGCCCAACAGCUGAAGCCUGACAAGUUCAUCUUCCCCAUUAUAUGAGUUCCUGCAGGAAGUCAGGGGAGAGAGACGGGGUCAUGUGAUGUGUAACCAUGGCGCAUCAAUCAUUCACCCGCUGUGAUAAUUAAACAUAAACACAGGGAGGGGCCAGAGGGGGAAGAGCGAGAGAGGAAGUAAGACGAGCGGAGACAAAGGGUGAGAGGAGAAGCGCGAGGCAGCGCCAGGAAAGUUUCCGAAGAGAACAUUCGAUCGCGAGCGCUUUUUGUCCUUCGAGCGAGGCCGGUUUCUCUCUCAACGAGCCCAGCGAGCGAGGGGAGAGGAGCACGGAGCAAAGGAGCGAACGCAGCCGCGGUUGGUGAUGUCAGCGCUCCGCGGUGUCGUCCCAGCGGGGGGGCGGGGCUAGGCGUUGGUGGCGGCCCCAGAGAUGGAGGCGUGGGCGAGCGGCGUGUUCGCCGCCCUCGCGGCGCUCAACAGCGCGGCCAGCGUGGGCGGCAACCUGCUGGUCCUCCUCCUGCUGCUGCUGGACCGGGAGCUGAGGGCCGAGGCGUCGGCGCUCAGCCUCAGCCUGGCGCUCUCCGACCUCGGCCUGGGCCUCAGCGUGCUGCCGCUGGCCGCCCACAGCAGCCUGGCCGGGGGCCCGGCCGGCCCGGGGCCCCCGCUGUGCCAGGCGGCGGGCUUCCUGUCGGUGCUGCUGCAGACGGCGUCGCUGCACUCCCUGGCGUGGCUCACGCUGGGCCGCUACUCCCAGCUCUGCCUGGCGCUGGGCUCCGGGCGGCUGUGGGCGGGCCGCCGCACCCUGGGCCCGCUGCUGCUGCUCUGGGCCUUCUGCCUGCUCACCGCCACGCUGCCGCUGCUGGGCGUGGGCCGCUACGCCUACAGCCGCUCCACCUUCCUGUGCGGCCCCGGGGUGGAGGCGGCGGCGGCGGCGGGGGCGGGGGGGCGGGGCUUCAGCCUGUACGUGCUGCUGGUGGGCGCGCUGCUGCCGCUGGGGGCCGUGUGCACGCUGCAGGCCUGCAUGGCCGCCACGGCCCGGAGGCAGGCGCGGCGCGGCACCUUCGCCUGCAACCAGGACCACUGCUUCUACGUCCCCGCCAGCAGCUACAGCCGCACCGCAGGCCUGCUGCUCGCCACCUCAGGUCAGUGCACAGCCCGCCCUAUUGGUCAGCCUCUGGACUAUUACCCGCCCUAUUGGUCAGCCUCGGGACUAUAGACCCGCCCUAUUGGUCAGCCUCGGGACUAUAGACCCGCCCUAUUGGUCCGCCUCGGGACUAUGGUCCCGCCCUAUUGGUCCGCCUCGGGACCAUGGUCCCGCCCUAUU